AUGGAUCCAUUACACAGGCACCGGUCACUUUACAAAGGAACCACUCCACCAUGGAAAGAGACUUACCGAAAGCGCUGUGUGGAGAGGUUGAAGAACAGUCGUUCACGGUUACUGGAGAAGUACCGACAAAUGGGUGACAGUAUCGUCGCCGCGAAGCGCUCGCUGCUCGUCCAGGAGGUUAUGGAGAUGGAGUGGAACGUCCUGAAGUCUGCAGACAGUCGGCUGCCGUCACUGUGGCCCAAAGAUGGCAUCGGCGAUAUGAACAGUGUGAUGCAAGAAUAUGACGAACUCGCGGUACUGGAGGAGAUACAGCAGGAACUGAUAUCACAAGAACUUUCCAUUAUAGAGGAAUAUGAGAAGAGCCAGCAGGAAGAGGAGCAGUAUUUGAACUCUGUGGUGGAGGGAAUGGAGGAGAAUGGAUAUGUUAUCUGUCCUGUGUGUCAUGUAAACAAGCUGACAGUGAACAGCCAUUUUACGUCUUGUCCUUGUGGCCUGUACAUCAACACAGUGGGCAGGAACGUGACCGCGGAGGUGCUGCAGCGCCUGCUGGAGACCAGACUGACCGAACACAUGGAGGAGUGUCUGCGCAACCCUGUGUUCAGUGUCACGCCCAACACGGACGGCUCAGCCAAUCUCAUGAUCAGCUGCCAGGUCUGUGAUUACCUGUCAGUCGUUCUGUGAUCUGUCAGAUGAGUCCUGUGUGUCCUGGGCUGAUCAUGACGGAACAGCCUCCCGU